GCGGUACCUACACCUUCAAGGUCCGCGUCCUUGAAGCUAAACCCGACCCCCGAGCGAAGAGCCAGAGGAACCCGUGCAAGGCGCCCGCGAGCGCCCGAUCGAUCGAUCGUCGCCUGUCUGCCGGAAGUGGUGUCACGAAGAUUCGUGAUCUCGUUCGUUAAGACCCCAUUCGCCUCUCGACUUCGGUCCCCCUUUGCUUCGUUCGGCACGAGGAGUGACCAAGGACCCGUGGAUACGACGGUGAUCUCGUGAAACGACCACGGAACAGGUCCAUCGGGAACAGGAAGCCCAGCUCCUUCCGUCAGAGGAGGAUGAGGUCCUCGCUGGUGCUGCCGUUGUUGGCAGCGAUUGCUUUCGCCGAGGGUCUCGAGCGCGUGAAGCGACAGGAAGAAACCAACAAGAAGGAGGAGAGCUUCGAGAGCGAGAUCUGCAAGGACAAGGAUGCUGGAGAGUGGUUCAGACUGGUGGCUGGAGAGGGUGACAAUUGUCGCGACGUGAUCCAGUGCACCAGCUCUGGUCUCCAGGCCAUCAGGUGUCCGGCUGGUCUGUACUUCGAUAUCGACAAGCAGACCUGCGAUUGGAAGGACUCCGUGAACAACUGCAAGCUGAAGAACAAGGAGAGGAAGGCUAAGCCGCUUUUGUACACCGAAGAACCGCUCUGCCAAGACGGUUUCCUCGCUUGCGGCGAUGGGUCUUGUAUCGAGAGGGGACUCUUCUGCAACGGUGAGAAGGACUGCGCCGAUGGAUCCGACGAAAACAUUUGCGACAUGGACAACGAUCCCAACAGAGCGCCGCCCUGCGACCCAACGGUCUGCGUUCUUCCCGAUUGCUUCUGUUCCGAGGACGGCACCACGAUCCCCGGCGAUCUGCCGUUCAAAGACGUUCCCCAGAUGAUCACGAUCACCUUCGAUGACGCCAUCAACAACAAUAACAUCGGCCUGUACAAAGAGAUCUUCAACGGGAAACGCAAGAACCCGAACGGUUGCGAAAUAAAGGCCACCUUCUUCGUCUCCCACAAGUACACCAACUACUCAGCGGUCCAGGAAAUGCACAGGAAAGGACACGAGAUCGCUGUUCACUCUAUCUCUCACAACGAUGACGAACGCUUCUGGUCCGACGCUACCGUCGACGACUGGGCCAAGGAGAUGGCUGGCAUGAGGAUUAUCGCCGAGAAGUUCGCCAACCUAACCGACAACAGCGUGGUCGGAGUGAGGGCUCCCUACUUGAGAGUCGGUGGAAACAAUCAGUUCACGAUGAUGGAGGAGCAAGCGUUCCUCUACGACUCCACCAUCACCGCUGCCUUAAACAAUCCUCCACUAUGGCCCUACACCAUGUACUUCAGGAUGCCCCACCGCUGCCAUGGAAACCUUCAACACUGUCCCACAAGGUCCCACGCGGUCUGGGAGAUGGUGAUGAACGAGUUGGACCGCCGCGAGGAUCCCCAAAACGACGAGUACCUGCCUGGCUGCGCCAUGGUAGAUUCGUGCAGCAACAUCCUGACGGGUGAUCAGUUCUACAACUUCCUGAACCACAACUUCGACCGCCACUACGAUCAGAACCGCGCCCCUCUGGGUCUCUACUUCCACGCCGCCUGGCUGAAGAACAACCCCGAAUUCCUGGACGCGUUCCUCUAUUGGAUCGACGAGAUCCUUGCCAACCACAACGACGUCUACUUCGUGACGAUGACCCAGGUGAUCCAAUGGAUCCAGAACCCGCGGACCGUGACCGAGUCGAAGAACUUCGAGCCCUGGAGGGAGAAGUGCGUGGUGGACGGUUACCAAGCCUGCUGGGUGCCCCACACCUGCAAACUGACAUCGAAAGAGGUGCCCGGGGAGACCAUCAACCUGCAGACCUGCGUCCGUUGCCCCAACAACUACCCAUGGGUGAACGAUCCGACCGGUGACGGUUUCUUCUAAGCCACUCACCCCUCGCGUUCCUCAAAUCUCGUCUAAGUCAAACCCUCUGACACUCCUCUUGCCUGUCGUUUUUUUGGGCGUUCACCGUUCAUCCUCCUCCAAUUUCCCUGCGGAUGUUCUUUCGCCCCGAUUCCCCCCCCUGAAUUCCCUCGUUCUGCCAUUGGCCAAACAGCUCUUCACGAGUUUCACGGUGGACGUGGGGUCGUCGGCCAUGUUUUCGAUCAGGGGACGAAAGGGUGAGUCCGAACUGGGGUCUGUCCCGAGGAUGCCAGACGGUUGGAAGCGUUGGAAGCGACGCGCCUGAGAAUCGAACGUUCCACCGUCGACGAAGACUAGAACCAACCCUCCCUCCUCCACGAUCGGCCCUCGAACGAAAACCGUCCGUCACGUCACCAACGAUCUGUGAUAAGUUUCGAACGCCCCGAGAUUAAAAGCGACCAGGACGACGAACUUGACGACGACGAGACUUCAUUUCCAGCCCGCGAUGGUCCAGCAGUUUCUCCCCUUGCCCCUGCAACCCCGACAGGGACCAAUAUGGCGGGUCCCGUUCGUAUGGGUACGCGAGGAUCGCCUCGAUUUUGUAAUAUAAACGCGUGUCCCGACCCUGUACCCCGAAGUAUUCCUGCUCCUCGAAAGGACACGACGGAUUAGAUAGAAAGCCUAGGGCUGGUGUCCUGUUCCCCCAGGAAAAGAUCGAUGAUCCCUCAGCGACCGCCAAAACUCCCACAUUAAGGGCGGUCACCCUUACUUUUCUAAGGGUCAGCCAAACUUAUAUAAAUAUAUAUAAAUAUAUAUAUAUAUUAAAUAUUAUGUAUGUACAUUUUUAAAGCUAAGUGAUACUAUCAAUUGCCGAAAGGAACUUUAAUAAAAGAGAAACUUGC